UCACCAUAGAAACCCUAUGCUUGCACACAUGUUACAUGUUUAACGUAUUCGGGAUACGUAAUAGAAAUAUCGCGUUUAUAAUCAUUCUGCACAAAAUUGACAGGCAAGUUAAGCUCUGAGUGACGUCUAAGCAACAUGUUUAGGAAAUUUGAUGAAAGUGAAAACAUAUCAUCAACGAACCAGUUAAAGAGUUCAGUCCAACGUCAGAUUCGUAACACAAUUCUUGAGCAGAUGCCAAGUAUUGAGCCAUAUUUGGGGGACCUCUGGCAUAAAAAAGAAAAUGCUAAAGUUAUAAAAUGUCACGAUCACAUUGAGAUACUUACAGUGGGAACAGAACCAUUAUUUUUCAAACAAAGAGACAGUCCAUGGUACCCAACGCUAAAACUUUUACAUAAAUACCCUUUUAUUCUACCUAAGCAGCAAGUAGACAGAGGCGCAAUAAAGUUUGUAUUAAGUGGUGCGAAUAUUAUGUGUCCUGGUUUAACCUCACCUGGUGCUGAUCUGAAUAUGGAGACUGAAGUCAACAAAGCUGUGGCUGUUCAUGCAGAAGGAAAGAUUAAUUCGUUGGCAAUUGGUCUCAUGAAGAUGAGCCCACAAAAGAUUUCUGAAGUCAAUAAAGGAAUUGGUAUAGAUACGAUACACUACCUGAACGAUGGGCUUUGGCAUCUGAAGAUUGUGAAGUGACUUUACCAUUGUUUAAAAAAAGAUUAUAUUCUUGUUGUAUCUGUUUUGUUUUAAAAACGCUCAUUUUUUAAGUUUAAAAACCAGAAGAGCAGAAACA